UCACAGAGGAGGCGGUUCCUAGGUACUCGGGAUUGCUCGGGAUCACAGGAGACCGCGCACCUGGGAGUUUGUGGUGGGUGUGACUGUGACUAGGUGUGACUCAGUGCACGUGGACUCUGGACAACUCUGGGCCACUUUUUGCACUCGCCCGGGUGCUUGAAAUUUUCCUUGUCACUUCUGAAAUAGAGGAUCCCCGCAUAGUUCGCGGAUAAUGUCUUUCACCACAGAACAAGUGGAGGCACUGUGCCACGCUACUCACGGCAACGCCGAAGCAAAUCGGUGCCUCACGUUAUUCCAUGCGUCACCUGAGGCUUGGGACAUAGCCUGGCAACUUCUGGACACGACCAAGGCCCACGAAGUUCAAUAUUUCGCUGCCAACACGCUUCACGUUAAAAUCUCGAGGCACUGGAAUGAAAUUCCCGAAGAUCAGUAUGGUCCGCUACGAACCAAGCUGCUGGAUACGAUGCUUCAAUAUUCGAACGGGCCAAAGUUUAUUCUAACAAAAAUAAUAGCUGCUGUGGCAUCAUUCGUGAUUCGCGUGAUACCAGAUUUUUGGCCGUCUGCCAUCUCUGACCUUAUCCUUAAAUUCCAGCCUUCAGUUGGGGGAAAUGUUCCGCCACCAGUGUUGGAGGACAUGUUGCUAGAACUUCUGACUGUUAUUCCCGAAGAGCAUCUUAAGUUGCAGAGCACUGAACAAGACAGUUGUAAGGCAUCACGUGCGGGCCUGGACUCUGCUUCAAACGUAGUCUUCAGCUUCUUGGAGAGCAGAUCCGAUAUGGGACACCAGACGUUACGCUGCUAUUCGUCGUGGGUGCAGCUGUCAUUGGAUCCCGAAUCCCACCUAAGUCUGCUUCCUCGUUUGAUGCAGGCCGUAACCGACCCAGAGCUCUGUUGCGCAGCUUCGGAGGCACUAACCGAUGUUGUCCGCCAUCCUGAUGCGCCCCAGUUCCCAGACUUCAUGCUUCAGAUGGUCGACAACUUGGCAGAGCUCAAGGAGUUCUUGAACAAGAUGGCUGCUGCAAAAGAAAUGGAACUGUGCAAGGCAGUGUACAGGAUCCUCAUCGCACUGGGCCAGAGCCACCCGGAUCUCCUCGUCGACACCCUCCUCACCAAACCGCAGCAUAAGGACAAUGUCCUCACAAUCAUCAACCUCGUCCUGCAAUGCAGCGGAACACCGGGACACUUUCCAGUGGACGAGAAAUGCAGCAGUCAAGCUCUCGGCUUUUGGCAUGCCCUGCAAUAUGAGGUGUCCAUCGCAGAGAGACCCCGCGAGGAAGCACCGUUGCUGCUACCUGUGUGGCAAGCCCUAGUGGACACGCUACUCCGUAAAGUACAACUACCACUCGACGACUCACAAUGGGCAGAAGAAGACAGGGAUGCCUUACGUAGUUAUAGACGAGAUAUCGGAGAGUUCUUGUGGUAUUUAUACGACGUCCUGUACGAGAGUAUGCUUCCGGACCUGGUGGAGCAGCUACGAGUUUCCGCAGAUGCCUUUCGUAAGGACCCGGCGACAUGGCCACAGCUCGAGGCCCGCCUGUUCGUUUUUGAGUCCCUAGUGGUAUCAGUAGGAAAAGAGGGAUACGGCUAUGUCGAGGAGGUUCUGGCAGGCAUACUCCCCGCGCUCCCUGUUCACCCGAAGGUGACUCCGACAGCCCUGGCGUGCAUAGGAGCGUAUGGGGAAUGGUUGAAUGGCUGCCCGGAGACCCUGCAGGCAGUACUGCCAAUGUUGUCAGCAUCACUGCAUGCGAACGAACUCGCUCCAGCUGCAACACUUGCCCUGAAGGAGGUAGCUCAGGAUUGCCGAGGCACCUUGGGUCCCGUGGCACGUCAGGUAUUAACUGCUGCGAGUGAAGCUCUGGCGGGAAGCGUCCUCGGAGAGCAUGAACGGAUCCUCAUGAUGGGCGCAGUCGGAUGUACGCUGUCGUCGGUUGAGAAGGGCCAAGUGGGACCGUGGCUGCAGGCUAUAGUCGUGCCCCAGAUCCGCAUCCUGCAGGACACGGUAGCUCAGGAUCCGACGUCGGGGACCCUCCCACACGUGUUGCUGCUGCUCAAGAUGCUCACGAUGCUUUUAUCUAAGGUCGAAACUGGGGAUGAUGCACGAUUUUUUGAAGAAGAAGACAUCAUGCCCUCCGAAAUGGUCAUGCAGAAACUCAGACCCAUGCUUGUGCCCUUGUCAGAAAAGUAUGCUACAGACGAGCAUUUUGUCAAGAGCCUGUGUGAAUUCUUGCAGACUGCGUCCCAUGGAGUUGGAUUCGAAUCCGCCUCGAAUGCCCUUGCGCUUCUAGUUUCGUUGUACAGGAGGAACCCGCAGGCAGCGAUCCUUAAAGCGUUUGACAGCCUAUAUCGGCCGACUCCACUGCCAGACACUCGCAAUGUCGAGGCACUUUCUGUGCUCUGCAGCACCACGCUGGCAACUGCAGCUUCUUCUCAGAAUGUUUCAAAGGAGCAUGCACUCAUUUUGGAGGCCUUCUUCAGUAUGCUGGCUCAUAUGGCCAGAGUAUAUACCAGAGUCUUUGACGUGAACAAGUUAGACCCUUCAGCGUUAUUCGUCUGCGCUGGGACAACCAUAAUGCUUCCGAAGAGGUCGACAGUCGAGUCGGCCACACAGUUUCUAAGCGACUUCAUAUUGCGGAGUAGGGAGCACCCCAAAAUGCACAACGCCGUCAACGAUCAUGGGGGGCUGCUGACUGAGCAGAUUAUCAGGGUAAUCGGCAGUGGAGAGCCUUCGCUCUCGGUGGUUGAGGCCAUGGCGAACUUGUUGUUCAUGUUGAACAAGGAGUACUCUGACGAUCUGUGUGGGUGGCUCUCUGCACUCGUGCAGCGACCAGACUUUCCGAGUUCCCUGGCCACAACCUCCGACAAGGAACACUAUGUUCAGCUUAUAGCCGAAGAAAGUGCAGACAAGACGCGAAUGCGAGAAAUAGUUACCGAAUUCAGCCUCCUCUGCCGAGGCCCCAUCAACACCAAGUCUACAACCCAGACCUUCAAAGGCACCUGAGCAAAGUCUACAGCCAAGAUGUUUAUGCCAAUGUAUAACUUUAUUUGUACAUAGCCCCCCCGACAAUUAUUGCCACGAAUGAUAGGGUUAUCACUCCUGAUUCAAAGAGAGGGGGUGUACGCCUAUUUGUGCCAAUUUGGAUACAUGAUAAUUGACACAAAAGGCGUACGCCCCCAUCUCUCUUCGAAUCAGGAGCGAUAACAUUAUCAUUCGUGACAGUGGUUAGCACAGAACGUGCUAUGUGGUGAAGUUCAGUGGGGUUGUCCAGGCUUCUUAAUCCAGCCGAGGCGUCACAAAUUGGAACCAUAGGUGACGUUUCGACUGAGUGUGCAGGUAAGUGUGGGCCGUGUAUUCUUCGGAGAAGUCGUCGCCAUUUCGUACCGCACAAGGACUAGAGCUCCGCUUAUCCAACAUCACCUGGGCCACAGGGCUGGUGGUCGAAUGGUUGCUGGAUCAUUAUUAUUGCUAUACGAAUCGCAGACGGCCCUGAUGUGUGCCUCUUGUUACUAUGUCCAUAUACUGUAUCCAGGUGCGGCGCAAGGGGGGUUACGGGGGUUACUUGACCCCUGGAUUUGUGAAGGGGGCGCAAAAUUCCCAUGGAGGUGCAUGAGGAGCCAAAGUCUUCUCAAUCAGGUGCAGCACGCGAAUAAAAUGUUAUAAACACUU